UCAUUUAGUAAGGUAGAUUAAUGAAAAUAAUUUCUCCAUCUAUUUUAAUAUACACCUGAGAAGAAGGCGAAAGCAGGCUAAUCCAAUCACAGUUUCAGCACCUCUUUAUAGAAACCCAAUUACCACAUUUCACAUCUAGAGAGAGUGAUCAGUGCGAGAUGGCAAAGGGUCUGAUAUGGGCAACAGCAGAGGACUUAGCAAGAAACAGAGGAAGAGUGCUUUCACUGUAUAGACAGAUUUUAAGGAGCCUCAACUCGCCUGCUUUGCCUUUGAAUUUGGCUGCUAGAUUGUCCAAGAAAGCCGAAGUUCGUGCAAUCUUUAUGCUGGGUUCUGAAGAACGAUCCAUCCACAACAUUGAGGACCUUAUAGAUGCCGCAGAGUACUCUCUAUCUCUGUUGAGGAAAGGUGAAAUCCCAAAGCACAUCCAGUAAAUGAGUGAUGGAUGUCUAUAUCACUUCCUAUGGACUAAGCAAGUGGAAUUACUGUUGAGAGAUGCUAACUUAGUUGUGUUCUUAGAGAGUAGGUACUAGGUAGUUUUAUUUUAUUUUAUUAUUAUUAUUAUUAUUUUGUGUGUGUGUCCAAUUUUACUUUCUUUUGAACUAAGAUGGGAAGAUGAUGGAGCUUCUCGGAUUUGUUCGAUUGGAAAUUUCUGAAUCUCUCAACAAAUUCUGUCUUGUGGGUUGCCUAUGGUUCUGCAAAAACUCAUAUUCUCUCA